UCGAAAAUUUCCAAACGUUGCCCGAUAAACCCCGUGAAAGCGGGGUUUGGUUGCGGGAGGUGUCUCAAAAACCCUAGUUCAUCAUCCUCUCAAAUCAAUCAACGUCUUCAAUUCGAUUCUUCAAAAUGCCCGGUUUUCCUCAUCCUGGAUCCCUCACGAUCUGUGAAAUCAAUCGUGAACUCUUCGUUGCUGAAAAGCUCUCAGAUGAGCAAGCGAAGGAAACGUAUGGCAAAAUUCUUGGACUUGUUUUUAGUCCGGUUCCCUUCGAAGUGGAUCUGUACCCAUCUGAUUCGGAGCAAAUCAGAGAGCAGCAGCAGGUGACGAGUGAAGAUGCUCGGAGAGGAGGUUUUGCUGGUUUCAAAGCUGACAUUUUUGAGCUUUUGAUCCGUUUUUUCUCUCCAAACUCUUUGAAUGUGCUUGCAGAAGAAGAUGUCUAUGGAGUAAGCUGGAAUCCACAUAAGCAUUGUUUAGCAUUUACCUCCGGUCGUAAUCAAGUUACAAUCCGUGAUUAUGAGGAUUCAGAAGGAAAAGAUCCGUGUAUUUUGACGAGUGAAUACCAAAGAGAUGUCAAAGCGCUUGAAUGGAGACCAAACAGUGGGAAAACACUCGCUGUUGGUUGCACGGGUGGAAUAUGUAUUUGGUCGGCUUCAUACCCUAGCAAUGCAGCAAUGGUUAGACCUGGUAUUGCCUCAUCUGUUGGUGGUGUUUUUAGAGCCUCUGGAGUGCGAUGGACCCUGGUGGAUUUUCUCCGAAGCCCUGAUGGUGAACAGAUUAGUGCGCUUUGCUGGAAUCCUGAUGGAAGAUUUUUGGCAUCUGCCUCAUCUGGGAGCUCUUCAUUCACGAUCUGGGAUGUUGCUCAAGGUCUAGGAACUCCUAUUCGUCGAGGAUUAGGAGCUAUAUCAAUGUUGAAGUGGUCUCCAACAGGAGAUUACUUUUUCACUGCAAAGUCUGAUGGAACAUUCUAUAUUUGGGAGACCAACACUUGGACAUCAGAACCAUGGUCUUCGACAGGUGGAAAUGUUACUGGCGCUGCAUGGGAUCCUGAUGGACGCAUGAUAUUGCUUGCAUUCUCACAGUCCACAACAUUGGGUUCCAUCCACUUUGCAUCAAAACCCCCAUCUUUAGAUGCACAUCUGCUACCUGUUGAAUUACCUGAGAUUGCCUCAACUGGCAGCCAUGGCAUUGAAAAAAUAGCAUGGGAUGCCUCAGGAGAGCGAUUGGCAUUGUCAUUUCAAGGUGGUGAUGACAUGUAUGAUGGCCUUAUUGCAGUUUAUGAUAUUCGAAGAGCACCGCUCAUCUCAACUUCAUUAGUUGGAUUCAUCAGAGGACCUGGAGAAAAGCCAAAGCCCCUUGCCUUUGCCUUCCACAACAAAUUCAAGCAAGGGCCACUUUUAACUGUGUGCUGGAGCUCUGGUUGGUGCUGUACAUACCCCCUCAUAUUUCGCUCGCAUAUACUUCCUUGAUCAAGUGUGUUUGUGAAUGUGGCACCAAUGUGAUGAAUCUAGAGACCAUCGAUCAUUCCUGAAAUCUUGUUUCAUUUUCAAUUGAAGUUCUUCAUGUUGUGGACAAGAAUGCAGCUGGAUCGGAAAAACACAAGUUUCAGUUCAUAAAAUUUCUGCCUUCACUGUAUCAAUUUCAUCGAUGUUUUCAGAAUCAUACUGUGCUUGGUUUAUGAUGUUACCCCUGCGAGAAACCAUUUUGAUUAUUUUGUUGAAUGAAUAACUUGUUCUUCUUGUGUUGAUAAUA